CUCACAUUACCUAUACACCUUCUGAAGCGCAUAAGAGCUCUACUAGCUGCUGACGUUGCCCUCCCUCAUGACCUCCGACAAGAACUCUUCCAAUAUGCUUCUUCGACUUCCACCGACGGCGUUUCAGCCCAAGACUCAGAACCGGAUCUCAUCCCUGCUCAACUGCUCGACCGUCUUUCAAGAUGGGCAUCGAUGGAAUCUUCCAAACAGAUAUUUCUAUCUCAUUCCCUGAACCCAACCGAUUACUCUCACAUCGCUCUUCUAGCCGGUACCACAAUCUACCUCCCACCUACUCAAUCCGCACGUCUUCUCCUCUCUCAUCCUCCGGAUAAACCUUCUCCUUACUUACCACGCUAUCUAUCCGCCUCACCUCAAUCCUUCGGGUCUGAAUAUAGAGCUUUGAGCAAGACUCUCACUACAGCACUCAACAUCCUGUUCUCCAUCUUUGGUGCGGCCUACGCCGUCUAUUGGGCCAGUGUGACCGGUGCUGGCUAUUCAAGAGAGACUGGAGUGCUGUUAGGUGUAUUGACCGGUAUGAUAGUUGGAGUGGCUGAUGGAGUUGUGGUUUGGGGAUUUACAAAACGUUUAAAUGAGGGAAGGGAAGAAGCUAGGUUAAUGGCUUUAGAGAUGAACAAGGGAAGUGGAGCUUUGAUUCAAGUCGAAAAU